GAUCGGCUUUCAGCUGCAGCCUCCGGGCCGGCCGGGAAGGCGGGGAGCAGGCGGCGGCGGAGGAGGGGGAGGCGGAGGCGGCUGCAGCAUCCAGUGCUGGCCGCAGCGGCCAGCGCGCCCCGCGCACAAAGGCGCCCAGCCCCAGGGGAGGGCGAUGAGCACACCGCAGCUGGGUCCGGGGCCCCAGCUCCAGCCGCCGCUGCCUGCGCUCAGGGCGCGGGAGAAGACGCAGGGUGUGCCAAAAGCCGGCGGCCAAGGCGCGGCCCGUGAGCCCUGAGCUCGGGACUCGCCGCCCUCCGGGUCGGGCUGGAGCUUCGGAGCGGCUACUGCUAGGGCCUCGGCGCGCCCCCGGCAUCAGCGCGGGAGGGUGCGUCCCCACUCCUAUCUGACCUCUCACCUUCCCGCUGCGCCUGAGCGCCAACUUCCCCAAGAACGCUCCAACUCCUGUCCACCCUGCCGGGCAGAGGGGGUGCUGCUGCUGGGCACCAGCCGUGAGGACGCACCCCUGGCCCCAGGGAGAGAGCGGGCAUCCUCAGGGUAGCUCCGGCGCCCCUGAGUGGGCGUCGGUAGCAGACGCCUCUCCUGGGAGUCCAGGAUCUGCAAGUGCUGGCGAUCCCUCCCGGGCAGGCGCUCGCCCUCUCUUUUAUGGAGCUUGGGCCCCUGCCCCAGCCCGGCAGAGGCUGUGGAAGUACACCGUCCGGAAGCCUGGUUCCCAGGCCCCUGGCCCAUCCCUGGCUGCGGGGAGUGGCAGCUCCCACGAGGUAGCGGUGGCCUGCAGCGGUGGCCCCUCCUGGCAGUGAACCAUGGGCCAGAAGCUCUCGGGGAGCCUCAAGUCAGUGGAGGUUCGAGAGCCGGCGCUGCGGCCGGCCAAGCGGGAGCUGCGGGGAGCAGAGCCGGGGAGGCCCGCGCGGCUAGACCAGCUGCUGGACAUGCCCGCGGCGGGGCUGGCCGUGCAGCUGCGGCACGCGUGGAACCCCGAGGACCGUUCGCUCAACGUCUUCGUCAAGGACGACGACCGGCUCACCUUCCACCGGCACCCGGUGGCCCAGAGCACUGACGGCAUCCGCGGCAAAGUGGGCCAUGCCCGCGGCCUGCACGCCUGGCAGAUCCACUGGCCCGCUCGGCAGCGGGGCACCCACGCGGUAGUGGGCGUGGCCACGGCCCGGGCACCCCUGCACUCGGUGGGCUACACCGCGCUGGUGGGGAGUGACGCUGAGUCGUGGGGCUGGGACCUGGGCCGCAGUCGCCUCUACCACGAUGGCAAGAACCGGCCCGGAGUGGCCUACCCGGCCUUCCUGGGGCCCGAGGAGGCCUUCGCGCUGCCAGACUCGUUGCUUGUGGUGCUGGACAUGGACGAGGGCACGCUCAGCUUCGUCGUGGACGGCCAGUACCUGGGCGUGGCCUUUCGUGGUCUCAAGGGCAAGAAGCUGUACCCGGUGGUGAGUGCUGUGUGGGGCCACUGUGAAGUCACCAUGCGCUACAUCAAUGGCCUUGACCCCGAGCCCCUGCCGCUGAUGGACCUGUGUCGGAGAUCCAUACGCCUGGCCCUGGGCCGCCCGCGCCUGCGGGACAUCGGCUCCCUGCCUCUGCCUCAGUCUCUCAAAAACUAUCUGCAGUACCAGUGA